AUGGGAGUGUGUCCUAUCACUCUCACAAAGUUCGUGGGAACUUUCUCACUCGGUCUGUUGACUGGCACAUCCUACACCCUCGCAACUGUAGCACUCCCCACCCUCGCUCUCCUCCCCUCCGCCUCAACCGCCAGCCGCACCCUCAACGCCCUCCAAACCUCGACAACCCGCACCUGCCUCACUCUCGCCUCCAUCUCCUCCCUGUCCCUAGUCACCGCAUUCACCCUCGCCUCAAGACGCAACAAGCACCCUUACCUCCUAUGGACAGCGCUCGUCAGCUUCCUCGGCGGCCAAGGCGUUGAAUGGUGGUUCAAUGGCUUCGAGCGUUUCCCCACUUUCACCAGCCGAAGGACGGCGAAGAACCAGCAGAGCUCGGCUUCUUUGGAAGAGAGCAUGACGAGAGGAAGGAAAACAAAUGGUAUGGCGGAUAGUGAGUAUGUUAGUGUAAAUGCAAGAGAGUCGAGCAGUGGGAGUGAGGAUGCUGCUGGUCAGUUGGACGAUGUGAAUGGGGAGAAGGUCGAGAUGGAGAUGGCGAGGGAGCGAAGGGUGCAGUUCGUGAGGACUGCGGUGUCCGGUGUUGCGUUCAUGAUGGGUGUUGUGGGUGUGUGGGGUGAUGGUGCUUGA